AUGUCGACAGUUUUUCAAGUCACUGUUCACGUUGCGCCACAGGAUGUCUCGAGAUUUCUGCGAGCUGCUGAGCCGACAAUUGAGAAGAUGAAAAGAGAGUCCGAGUUGAUGUACUUUGAGAUGUAUCAAGUUCAUGACUCUCCGGGUACGAUUACGUGGAUUGAGAAAUGGUCGGAGCCAGUGGACUGGAUAAUGAAGCACCAAAUGACGAAGGACUACUACAAUGAUUAUUUUGACGCUACCGAGCCGUUUUACGUAGCACCUCGUGAACUGAGAAUUUUGAGCUCUCUUGGACCUCGUCAUACAUAUCAGAAGUCAUAACGCAGGCUGGGAGCGAUUUGAAGUAGUCUGUAGGCGGAGUUAAGGGUAAAU